AUGGCUAAGAAUAAGAAACUAAAAACUGAUUUAGCCGUAUGGGAUGAGACUUUGGGAGAUAGUUAUAAUAAUGAUCAGCAAAAUAUUUAUGAUGAGGAAGUAAUUGGUUUGCCUUUAACUACUGAGGAAGUUAUUAAAGGGGAAGUGCAAUCUUUUGAGAUUCCCAUUAGGGCUAAUAAAGAAACGGGUUUGGAUGUGGAUA